CGUACAACAAAGCGCAAUAGAAUAACACGGUUAGACGAUAACAAUGACGACCGUUGCUGCAAAUGGAAACACUGAAGCCCCCAAGAAAAACGUGACGCAAGUCGCCGUCAAUGGAAACGCUGAAGCCGCCGAGAAGAAAAGCAUAACGACCCUUGCUGAAAAUGGAGACACUGACAACUCGAAGAAGAACAGAAUCCAGGUUUCCAACACUAAGAAGCCGCUUUUCUUCUACGUCAAUCUCGCCAAGAGGUACAUACAGCAGCACAAUGAGGUUGAGCUUUCUGCACUGGGGAUGGCUAUCGCGACGGUGGUGACAAUUGCCGAGAUCUUGAAGAACAAUGGACUCGCCACUGAGAAGAAAGUUUCGACAUCUACCGUUGGCAUCAAGGACGAGAAUAAAGGUCGUCUGAUGCACAAGGCUAAGAUUGAAAUUGUGCUGGGAAAAUCUGAGAAGUUUGACAAUUUGAUGGCUCCUGCAACUAAUCCUGCCACUAAAACUGCAUCAGAAGCAGCUGUUGCUGAUGCCAAGAAAGGAUGAAUAGCGUAGAAACCUGUCAAUAAUGUGCACCUGUUGUAGUUAAUAUUCAAAUUCUUUUGCACUCUCUGCGAUCAUAGAGAUAACUAGAGAGAACAUGUAUAAUUGUUUCAUUGGAUACCCAUGAGAUCAAGGGUGACGUUAUAAUGAUAAGGCGCUACUGAGCGGUCUUAGUAGAGCUCAUCUUUCCACUGUUACAGUUCAUAAUA